CACACCACGUUAAUUACCUUCAAUAACGAUGACGAAACAGCCCGCUGUCGAAGCUAGGGGGAGAUGAAGACCGCUGUCGGUAGUUGGUCGGGAUAAACUCCUCAAAGCUCCUCGACCAAAUCUGCAAAAAUGGCGGCUUGGUUUCAGAAGUCAACAAAAACACCACAAAACUAGGUUAAAAACAACCAAACAGCUAGAAUAUAAACGUCAUGAAACAAACCGCCGUGCAAAACACGAAAACUAGUCGUCGGUCGCCGUGCAAGGGUCCUCGUCGCCGUCCGUUCAAGGGUGUUCGUCGACGUGUAAGGGUCCUCGUCGCCAUCUGUGCAAGGGUGCUCGUCGCCAUGCAAGGGUCCUCGUCACCGUCCGUGCAAGGGUCCUGGUCGCCGUCCGUGCAAGGGUGCUCGUCGACGAGCAAGGGUCCUCGUCGCCGUGCAAUAAUCUCUGGUCGCCGACUGGGUCGCCGCCUGGUCGUCGAAUGGGUCGCCGCCUGGUCGCCGACUUGGUCGCCGCCUGGUCACUGUCUGGCCGCCCUGGAAGCUCUAAAGUGAAACCCCUAAAACCCUAGAGCAUGCUACGUAAACGGCAGGUCAUUAGUGGUUUCUCAAAAACUAAAAAACGGCAGGUAAUUAAUAAAAAUAUAAUCAUUAAUUAAUUCAAAAAUCCUAAUACCAACACUACCCUUACCUACCUUAAAACGGCUCAAUAACCAAUAACUAAUUAUAAUUAAUCUAAUGACCGAAAAUCACUUAAGGAACUCCUUAAGGAGACUUUGAGUGAGGUUGGAGUUGGGAACGGAUCAGGUCAGUAACUUUAUGGUGAGUAACCAGCCCACAUCAGCAUGACAUCAGCAUCCCUCUCUCCCCUUCUUAUUCUUUGACGGACGAUUUCUCACUCGUUUUAAGUCGAAAAUAAUUUUUUUUGCACAGUUAGAUCAGAUUAAUUGUGCUCUUCAAAAUGAUAUCCACUUUGAUAUAUUUUUCAAACAAAAAAAAUUGAGCCAUUUUUUACGAGUCUAUACCAUAUGGUAUUGACUGGUAUUGAAAUAAGAAUAUACCUAUGGUUUGAAAAGCCUACCAUGGUGGUAUGAACAAACCAAGACUGUAGGAUGGUUGAAUACAUGAUAAUAGAAGUAUAUUAACUGUCAUUUACGACUUUUAUCAUUGUGUACCAUAAUAUACCACCCCGUACCAGGGUGGUAUUGUAUGGUAUUGUGUGAUAUUUUUUUGUCAUGUAAUUUGUUCACCCAGAAAUUUGUAGAUCCAAUAGAUCAUGAUGAACUCGUCCCUUCUGUGCAAACGUUUUUAAAAACGAAUUAAAAACGAAGAAAAUAUCAUAAUAUACCAUAAUAUACCACCCCGUACCAGGGUGGUAUUAUAUGGUAUUGUGUGAUAUUUUUUGAUCAUGUAAUUUGUUCACCCAGAAAUUUGUAGAUCCAAUAGAUCAUGAUGAACUCGUCCCUUCUGUGCAAACGUUUUCAAAAACGAAUUAAAAACGAAGAAAAUACCAUAUGGUAUGCAGUUGGUACCGAGAGGCCAGAAUUUUUUUCUAAAAAAAUAUUGAAAAUUGAUCUCAUUUUGUAGAGCAAGAUGAACUCGUUCCAUCUGUGCAAAAAAAAUUAAAAUUCGAGUUAAAACGAAAAAGAUAUGAGCCGAUUAAAAAAACUAGGGAAAAUAAAAAUGGUCUUUAAUUCUCUAUAUUUAGAUCUGGAUUUUCUAAAUGAUAGGUUCAGAUUUGGUUAUGGAUGAGUACAUAACACAUGGUUAUGCACCCUAUCUUGAGCUGUUAGAGUUGGACUUUUGGUACUAAGUUUUAAAACUUGCUGUCAGCAUGCAAUUGUUACUUACAUGCGCAUAUAAUCAAGCUAGUGUCAGUUAAUAUUCCUCAAUUAGAGGGAUUCCCUAGUACUGUUAAAGGCCAGCUUUGUGCCAUCGUUUGCCAUUUGGUUUGGAUGGAGUUGUAGGCAGAGAAGAGAUAUAGAGUUACCGUAACGAUACUCGAACUAAUAAAAUAUUGAAUGUAUGAAGUCUCGAAACUACAACAAUCAACAACGAUUUUGUUCCUUUUGACUUCUUUUAUUGUUCGUCACUAUUUCAGAGAGAGGUUUUCACCGAAGUGUCAGUAGUGUAGGCGUUUAUUGGAUCAAUUUGACAUAAACCCAAAUAUGGAACAGAAGUAAAAUUGGAAGAGGAAAAGAUAGACGAUGGGGAGAAGGAAAGAAGGGGGUAAAUCCACCACAAUGUGUAUUCGAAGUUCGAACCAUAAAACCAACAACCAUCUUUAGCUUUAAAGAAAAGAGGAGUAAAAUUGGUAAUAUCAUAAUAAUAAAAAUUACUCAUUCAAUGUUGGACAAAAAAGCCCAACAGUAGGUGACUUCAAGGUAAUACUUCGGGGUAUUACCUCAAUAGCAAUGCUUUAGAGUCAUUCUCCUCAUAGUGGUGGCCCUUCAAACUCGUGGAGUAAACUGCUUCAACUGAUGCCAUGUCUGCUGGAGACAUUGAGAGAGCAUUGAAGAUUUAUUCUAGAUGCCACCUAGCCACCAGAUUGUGUGCUUUAGAGGGAUUGAGCAACUUUAUUGAGACCGCCCCGACUGUUAACUUUAGUCUAUGGCGGCGACAUGUCAUGGUCUCUGAGACCUCCCCAUUCCACAUUCUCCAAUGCGUCUGCCUACUUUGGAGAAUCUGGAAGUUCAGAAAUAAAGUGACUUUUGAAUUCUAUCAACCUCAUGUCUGUUCCCUAACCAGACAAUUCUACAACCAGGUCCUUGAAGUCUCCAACCUUCUCCCCCUCCUCUACCCCGCAUAUCUCUCCUCCCAAUCCAUCCAGCCACCACGUGGGUCCCUCCGCCAGAUGACUAUUUGAAGAUCAAUUUCGACGCUACUAUUUGUGCCACAGAGUGUUCUUCUGGGCUUGUUGUUCAAGGUCAGACGGACAUGUGGUGUUGACAUUCGAGUUGCGACGUCAGGGAAUAGUCAACCCCUUCUUGGCAGAGCUCCUAGCCAUUAGAGACGCCAUCUACAUCGUUUACUCAAGAUCAUUAACUCACGUGAUAGUCAAAGGUGAUUCUGAAGUGGUCGUCAAUCAGGUCCGGCAGGCGUCAUAGAAGACUCGACUGGUAGUCCGGUGCUCUGGGAGUGUCAUCAGAUCCUAGACUCCUUGUCAGUUUGUAUAGAGUUUAAGGCAGUUUCUAGAGCUGCCAACAGCGCUGCCCAUAGAGUGGCGCAUAAAGCACAGCUUUUGUCUCAUUAAAAGCUAGAAUUUUUAAAUUUUUUGGGGUGGCUUCAUUAGAUUUUUAUUGUGAGGGGUCCUGGGUAGUUUUUUGUAUAACUCUUGUCUUCUCUUGAUAUCAUUCGGAAAUAAAUAAAAAAAGUUCACUUCAAAGUAGAUGGCCAGCUAUUUUACAAUCCCACAAUUAUAGGUUUGUAAAAAUCCUUUUGACUCUAAACCUCUCAUCCGCGAAUUCCAUCAGAAACGAUUAAUUUUGGAAAAACCCCACGUUCAGAUUGAUUGUGUCAAUAUUUCUCACAAAAACGCCUUAUCCCAUCGAUGCGAGGGUAAUUUGGAAUCUGUUGUGUAAUUGAAUUGGUACAUACAUGAUACAUGGGUAUUUUCCAGUCUAUCACUGAUAUGGUUUAACCUUCAGAUGGCCUCUUUUGGGAAAGAAACAUACUUUGUUGAGUGGCCUACCAUUGUUAAUAGAACUAAGUUCCAUUCACAUCUUGAAAACUAUUUUUCAUAACCAGUAAACUAAUAUGAGCUACUUAAUAAUGAAGUCGAACAUAUGAAUAUGACAAAAAUUCUACUUUCGUUCACCCUCUUUUGGGAAAGAAACAUACUCUUAGAAUAUGACUUGAAUUUUAUUGGGUUUGUGUUUGGGUUUUGUUUGACCUUUUCCUUGUAUGUUUGGGAAAAGGUGUUUGGUUUUCCGUUUGGGAUUAGGAGAAGAGUUCUAUAAAUACUCUUCACCACCCUAAUCUGUUGUAAGGUAGGUCGGGUUAGUUUAUUUGGUUUGUCUGUUUGGAAUUUAGUUUGUAACAUGUACUCUCCUCAAAAUCAGUGAAAUUUAUUCUCCCUUGCCCGUGGAUUAGCUAGCACACAUUGUGUUAGUGAACCACGUUAAAUUUUUGUUCGUUUGUGUUGAUCUGGAUUAUCGAUUGCACGCUUCUGUUCUGACAAGUGGUAUCAGAGCCUUUGGUAUUUGCUUUGUGGAGGUAGCUUUCAAUUCUUCAGCUUGGUUCAGUGGAGGAAUCGCUUUGAAGGUGACUUUGGGUAGUUGUGUUUUGGUCUCGCUUUUUUGGUGAGAAGUUUGGUUGGAGUUUGUUUGAUAGUAAGAAUGGCUGCUAUCAGUAUGAAGAUUGAGAAGUUUAUUGGAAGAAACAGUUUCAGUUUGUGGCAGAUCAAGAUGCAACCACUAUUGAAACAAUAGGGUUUGUAGGCUUCGUUGUCUUGAAAAUCGAAGAAGGAAAGUAUAGAUGAAGAAGAGUGGAUUACUUUGGAGGAGAAAUCUCACUCUACAAUCUUGCUUUGUUUGUCUGAUGACAUCAUCACUGAGGUUGCUACUGAGAAGACUGUUGCAGGCUUGUGGUUGAAGCUUGAAAGUCUAUACAUGAAAAUGUCUUUAACCAACAAGUUGCAUAUGAAGCAACGUUUGUUCAGUUUGCGUAUGGAGGAAGGUACGUCUCUUAGGAAUCAUCUAGAUCAACUCAAUACUAUUUUGUUAGAUCUUGGCAAUAUUGAUGUUAAAAUAGAUGAUGAGGAUGCUGCCUUAAUUCUGUUAAUAUCUUUGCCACAGUCAUAUGAGAAUUUUGUGGAUUCAUUUAUUGCUGUGAAAGAUAGUUUGUCUUUGGAAGAUGUCAGAUCUGCUCUACAUACUAGAGAGGUUCGACAUAAGGCAUCUGGUUUAGGUUCGGAAAAUCUGGCAUCUGGGUUGGCUGCUACUAGUAGUAGGAGACAACAAUCUGGUAAUAGGAAGGCGAAUACAAAUUCGAAUUAUAUUGGUUUGAAGGAUGAUAUAUGUCAUUACUGCAAGGAGAAAGGACAUUGAAAAUUUGAUUGUCCUAAACUGAAGAAAUAUCAGGAGAAGAAGGAAUCAUCUGCUGCUGUGGCGGAAGAAACUAACUCUGAUUCUGAAGAUGGUUUAGCCUUAGCAGUGAAUGAACAGAUACAUCAUCAGGAUGUGUGGUAUUUAGAUACUUCAACUGAUUAUCAUAUGUGUCCAAGCAGGGAGUGUUUUUCAACUUAUGAGCAGAUAAAUGGAGGACAUGUUUCUAUGGCCAAUGGUCCUAUCUAUAAGAUUGUUGGAAGAGGCUCCGUCCGGAUGAGGACACAUGAUGGUUCUGUUCUCACCUUGAACAAUGUUAGACAUAUUCCAGAGAUGACUAAAAAUAUGAUAUCUUUGAGUCUACUCGACAUCAAGGUUUCAGUUUCAAAGGUGAAGGUGGAGUGUUGUCUGUCUACACGGGUUCUAAGGUGAUUCAGAAAGGUGUCAAGGUUGGUGCCUUGUAUAGUCUACAAGGUUCUGUUUUGACAUGUUCUGUUGGUGAUAAGUGCGCCAAGCUGGUUCCGAAUGGCAAGUCUCAACAUGGGGUUGGACUUUCCAAAUGACUUGAGUUGUUGACCGCCCUUAGGGGAAUUUGGAGGCAGGGGAGAUUCUGGUACAACUGAUUUGGAGGAGUUUGGUACGUCUGGCAAUUCUGAUUGCAUCUGAGUUUGGCGAUUUGCAUCACGUUUGAGUUUGGUGAUUUUGAUCACAUCUGGAUAUCUGCGAUUUCGAUCGCAUCUGGGUAAAUUUGGCGAUAUGGAUCGUGUCUGGGUACAUCUGGAAACUUUGGUUGCGUCUGGUACAUUUGGUAUUUGAGAGAGAAUUCAAGUCAAGGUGGAGAUUCUUAGAAUAUGACUUGAAUUUUAUUGGGUUUUUUUUGUUUGUUUGGGCCUAUUUUGUUUGGGUUUGUGUUUGGGCUUUGUUUGACCUUUUCUUUGUAUGUUUGGGAAAAGGUGUUUGGUUUUCCGUUUGGGAUUAAGAGAAGAGUUCUAUAAAUACUCUUCACCACCCUAAUCUGUUGUAAGGUCAGUCAGGUUAGUUUGUUUGGUUUGUCCAAUUGGAAUUUGGUUUGUAACCUGUACUCUCCUCAAAAUCAGUGAAAUUUAUUCUCCCUUGCCCGUGGAUUAGCUAGCACACAUUGUGUUAGUGAACCACGUUAAAUUUGUGUUCGUUUGUGUUGAUAUAGAUUAUCGAUUGCACGCUUCUGUUCUGACACAUAAUUUGUUGAGGAGGCGGAUGGGCCAUCUCCAAUGAGUUUCUCCCUUCAUUUUCCCUAUCCGCCUCUCAGGUCAACUCCUCAGGAACGACAAGCGACGGCUAGUGACCUUGCGGUGGUUUGGGCUCGAAUAGCAUGCAGCAGCGGGUGACAUAGCAGCCACCAUCGAUUCUCUUUGUCGACCAACUGGGCAUUGUUGCUGGGUGUGUGCCCACUAUGUCAAUCACGCCGGAAAAAGAAAAGUAAUGGUUGUCGGAUGAUUUGUUGUCGAUUAGAAGUCAUGGAAUCUCGUUGUCUGGUUAGCGAGUUGGGGUCCAGAGGCAAAGUCUCUAGUUAUUGGGAUUCGGGGGAACAAGGUUUAACGCUCCCAAUCCACGAUAAGUAUGAGCAUGUAUACGUUUGAGUUUUUCUGUUGGACCUGGUCGAUUUGUUACCUCCUUAUUAUUUACCAGAUUGGAUUAGGAUUAAAUUACCAAAGAAGUAAUAUACAUACUUCUCAUACUCUUUUAUAAUCUUGUCAAAUGUAGUGAAGCUAUCCGUACGUGACAAUAUUCAAAGUAGGUUCUUCUUGUAAUCCUAGGGAGUGGGAUUAAGGAUUUUGGAGAGUUUGGUCGGGUAAUGUGGUGUCAUUUAGGGAUCAAGGGUUCUUAUGUUGAUACUAUACAUGUUGGAAAUUUGGUUGAACCAAGUGAAAUCGGAUUUGGGUUGGACCGACCAGCCGGCAUGAGAUUAGACUGAGCAAACCAAAUUGUCCAUUCUGGACGUUGCUGAGUUUAUUGGUGGAAAAGUAUAAAUGUUGUCCAUGCAAUUAAGGGACACGUUCUUUUAAUUAUUUCAUGAAACAUGAGAUUUCCCACUAAUAGUGACGUUAGGUUUGAAUUUAAAUGAUGCUAUAGGUUUCUCAUACAAGGGAUGCAUCCUUUGUAUUUGAUUUGCAUGGACGGUUUUGUAUGAAACAGUCUUAUUUAAAUUCAAAUCAAAAUAGAGCAACGUUUCAUUUACAAUGAAAUGAAAUGGUGUGUUGCUUGCGCCAAACAAAAAUUUGGCAGUUCCCAUCCCAACCGACAACAAAAUGAAAGGUGACAAUUUUUCAAUGCAGCGCUUCCUUCUCUAUAAAUAAGGACUCGGCAAUGAUAGGAAAUACAUCAAAAUUGAUUCGUCUUCCUAUUGAACUUCUAAGUUUUCUUUAGGUACUUAAGGAUGGAACCUAAAGUGGUGAUAGUUUUAUCCUACGAAGAAAUUUCCUAUAAUCCUAGGUUUGUUGAGGGUGGAAAUAUUCUUUACGGAAAGUGAACGUAGUUCACGACUCUAUCAUAAUCCUGGUCACCCAGUCUCGGGCUAUCGCACGUGUAACCUCGCCCCUAAAAUUCCCAACAAUCGUAAAGAAUAAUUUCCGGUACGAUGGCUCGAACCGCUCUUUACAAGAAACCAGUUCCGGUGUAUGGAAUUAUGAUAAUUUUUUAUGAUGGUUAUUUCAUCAAUGGUAGUAGAAGAUGGGUGUUCUUCGUACUAGUCUCAUGGUGUAUUCCAUAUCCGGAAGGUAACUUGAAAGAUGGACGAUUAAAAGAUGAGGAAGAGGGAGAAUGAUUCUAAAAUGGAGAAAUAGAAAAAUGAAAAUUGCCUUUGGGUAGGUCACAUACUCGAUGGUAAAUUUGUCUAGUUCUCUAUGCGAAGUUUACGAAGUGCUAGACAAAUAUGGAUUUGUCUAGUGGUUUGAUGGUGUGGUUUUGUCUAAGUGGUUUAUGUUAAACCAAGGAGACAAAAUUGUAUAUACAGUGUUUGAUGAUUCUAGCAAUAGAGUCGUUGUGUUUGUAUGUAGAUGACAUAUUUAUCUUUGGGACCAAUCAAAGAUAAGUGAUUUUGUGUAGUAGUUUAUGUUAUUUUAAACCAAGGAGACAAAAUGUGUACACAAUUUAUGAUGAUUCUGGUAAUGAAGUCAUCGUACAUUUGUAUGUAUAAGACAUGUUUAUCUUUGGAACCAAUAAAAGAUAAGUGAAAUUUGAUAAAAAGUUGUUAUUUCAAUUCUCCAUGUAGGACAUGGGGGAGGCAAAUGUGAUUCUGUGUAUUGAAUCAAGCGGAGCGACAAGAAAGAGUCCUUCUCUCAAUUUUUCUACAUGAGAAGGUACUUGCAUAGAUUCCAUAGUAGGAAUUCUGGUGAGUUAAAGACCCCAAUGGAUCCAAGUAUGGAAUUUAUGGUUAAUACUGAAAAUCAGUUUUACCACUGGAGUAUUCCAUGUCAAAUUGGGGGCUCGAUGUAUGCAUGACUUACAUGAUGCUAGAUAUCACAUAUGCGAUAGAACAAUUAAGUUGGCACGUGAUGAAUCCUAGUUCUCAUCAUUUGAAAAUGAAAUGAGGCGUGUACUAGGAUAUGUCAAAGGCACACUGUAUUGACUUAUAGUGGCUUUCCAUCAAUUUUGGAAGGAUUUGUUGAUAUUAGUGGGAUUUCUCAUGUUAAAGGUGAUACUUCAACAUUGAGAUGAGUCCUCUUUCUUGGGAGAGGUGCCAUAUUUUGGGCCUCUAAAAUGCAAACUUGCGUUACUAAUUUUCACUAUAGAAUCAAAGUUUGCGUUGUCUUGGUUUCUCUUAGAGAAGAGACAUAAUUGUUGAGAGGUUUGGUUUAUGACAUUAAUUUAUGGCAAAACCAAUCUCACCUAUUACUAUCUUUUGUGAUAGUAAUGCUAAUUUGGCUAAGGCAUAUAGUCAAGUGAAAAUGACAAGUAUGGUCAUGUGGGAGUAAGGCACGGUAAAAGCUGUGAACUGAUCAUUCAUAGUGUUGUGUCUAGACAGUAUGACCAGACUUGAAAUAAUUUGGUUGAUCAUUUGACGAAGUGGUUAACUAGUGACUUGGUGAUCAAGUCUGUGAAAGGGAUGGGUUAAAGUCCAUAUAAUUUCUGGUAAUGGGACACCCAAUUCCCCUAUAAUACAACGUUAGAGACUGAAUUCAAUGUGGAAAGCUUAUUAUCAGAAAUUGAAGCACAUAACUUGUCAUCCCGAGGUAUGUGCUUGUUAUCCUACAUGAGAGAAGAGGAUGAAGUUCAAAACUUCUUAAUUGAAUCUUUGAAAAAGUGUAUUAUGCGGGUACACGAAUAAGAGAUUCAACCUAUGUAAGCAUGAAGUGGAGCCGCUUCAAGUAACCCGGAUUUUGGUUUCGUGUGCGCUUGUGAGAAGGAUUGGACACAUGGCGGGUAAUAGCACCAAGGCACUUAGAAGUUUUGAAAACUUAAGUGUAUAUUAUCUUCGAAUAUUCAUAUGAGUCAAUGGGUUCAAUCGUUACCGACACCCUUUGUAUUCGAAUAUUUUUCAAGUGUUAUAUACUAAGGUGAAAAUUCAAUCGUCAUGACAUUUUCAUUUAUGCUUAAAUUUUGUUAGAAAAAUGUUGUGAUUUUAGCGACUUCUUUGAAUACACUAAAAUUAGGGAGGAGUGUUGGAAAUUUGGUUGAACCAAGUCAAACCGAAUUUGGGUUGGACCGACCAGCCGGCUUGAGAUUAGACUGCAAACCAAAUUGUCAAUUCUGAACGUUGCUGAGUUUUUUGGUGGAAAAGUAUAAAUGUUGUUCAUGCAAUUAAGGGACACGUUCCUUUAAUUAUUUCGUGGAACAUGAGAUUUCCCACUAAUAGCGACCGUUAGGUUUGAAUUUAAAUGAUGCUAUAGGUUUCUCAUACAAGGGAUACGUCCCUUUGUAUUUGAUUUGCAUGGACGGUUUUGUAUGAAACAGUCUUAUUUAAAUUCAAAUCAAAAUAAAGCAACGUUUCAUUUACAAUGAAAUGAAAUGGUGUGUUGCUUGGGCCAAACAAAAAUUUGGCAGUUCCCAUCCCAACCGACAACAAAAUGAAAGGUGACAAUCUUUCAAUGCAGCGAUUCCUUCUCUAUAAAUAAGAGGUACUAGACAAUGAUAGGAAAUACACCAAAAUCGAUUUUUCUUCCUUCUGAACUUCGAACUUCUAAGUAUGCUUUAGGUACUUAAGCCUGGAACUUAAAGUGGUGAUAGUUUUAUCCUAUGAAGAAAUUUCUUGUAAUCCUAAACUUGUUGAGGGUGAAAAUAUUCUUUAGGGAAAGUGAACGUAGUUCACGACUUUAUCAUAAUCCUGGUCACCUGGACUCGGGUUAUCGUACGUGUACCCUCGCCCCUAAAAGUCCCAACAAUACAGUGAACUGAAGACGUGAGAUAUGGUUUGGAGGGUAGCUGUUUGGAGGCUGGCAAGUCCGAUCUUAAGUUCAUCACGGUUUCCCAAUUGUUUGUAAUGGGAUGGAAUCGAACCAUCAUAGAGUUCAAAGUGAUUUUCUGCACGUAGCUUAGUUGAUCAUGAUUUGAUUUAUUAGUUUCCGCAUCUUAUUAAUUUAUUUAUUAGAGUCCUUAUGUCGAUGGGUUUCCAUGGCAGUUCUUAAUAAUCAUGGAUUCUGAAGUUUUCUUUCUUCUGAAUACGAUUAUGAUUGUUCAUUUAUGUAGUAUCGUUUUAAUCAGCCACCGAAUUUAGUGGAAACAUGAAACUGUCGUUCCUGCAUUUUGAAAGAGUCCUCAAUUUGUUUACGAUGAAUUCUUCUAGUGAGGAGAGUUUGGAAUUGACCCAAGCUGCAUAUGCUUGAACGCGCGCGAGGAAGUUACCACAAACUAGCGGGAUUAAAUUAAUAAACAGAAUUCUUCAAAUAACAUAAUUCAUAUAUAGUUUAAUUUUCCAGACUAUCCGAGUUUGUGGUAUUAAAACUGCAAUUAUCACUUUAUAGCAAACGAUGAAUUAUUCAAUGUCUCCUAAUAGCUAAACAUAAGGAAAACAAAACAACAUCAAAGCCGAAAAUAGAAGAAAAAAACAACUAAACUGGAAAUGCUAGAAGUAAUGCACACUGCUUGGAUUAUAUAUAUAUAUAUAUAUAUAUAUAGGGAUCAUCGCCACCCACAAAUACAUACACAUAUAUAAUAUAAAUUGGGUUACAUUGAGCACUAGUAUGAGGAGGGCAUUAGUUUUAAUUAUAUCUCUAGUGGUCUUCCCGGUUGUGAAUCAUGUUGCAGAUGCAGCCCGUACAGAUGGCCUCUGGCCUGUGAAGAAAACAGUGACAAUUACCAAUAGGCUUCCGAGCAAGGCACUAUUGAGGGUACACUGUAGGUCAAAGAAUGACGACCUUGGGAUUAGGUAUUUAAGAUAUGACGAGAGCUUUCAUUUUAAGUUUAGGACAGACAUAUUUUUUAGAACCUUAUUUUACUGUUCUUUUGAAUGGCCAAAUAGUGGCAGAAAACAUUGGUAUGAUAUCUAUAAUGAUUGGCUUGAUCAUUGCAAACAUUGUAAAUUCGUUGUCAAAAACUAUGGGGUGUGUAAGUAUAAUAAUCGGACUUAUUUAUAUGACAAGUGUUUUUCAUGGCAGAAUGAGAUAAGACGACAUUGAAGUCUAUAUCUUCCUUCCCAAUGAAUAAGUUGGUAUGCUUUAAUUUGGCUCGAAGAUGGUGUAAUAAUAUUAGCUUUUGUUCUUUUAUGAUAUGUAUAAUGAAAAAAUGCACCCUAU